AUAUUUUCUUUGACAACAUGAAAUGAUUAGGUUAGAAUUUGAAAAUAGUAAAUAUUUGGCUUGAAUAAUUGCAUUAAUUUAGAGUCAGUAAAAAGUAUUUUAAAUAUUUCCAAGAAUGUGGAAAAUUUUUAUUGUUAAAGAAGAUAUUUUUAUGUUAAAAUUUUUUAAGAAUGUUAAUAAUUAUGAAAUAUUUCUAACAGAUAUUAAUAAAAUUUGGUCCUGUAGGAUAUCAGAAAGUAUAUUAAUCGAAAAAUUUAAGGAAAACAAUCCGGCAAUUGAAACUGAUAAUGUGGAAAGUUUAAGAUAUACUUUGAUGAUGUUGAAUGAAAUUGAUCAAGGGGAAGUUACUGUUACUAUUCAAGACAAUAUUUUAAAACUAAAAAUAAUAAAAUUAUCAGAUUUCACAACUUCUAAAUUUAAAAUGAAAUUCGGACUAGAACUCCAUGAGGCUAAAAAUGAACUGUUUACAAGAAUUGUAACAGUGCCUUUAGUGAAAACAGUUAUUCUCUUGGAAAAACAGCAACAGAUGUUAAGUAAUUUAUUGAAAAAGAAAGAUAGAGAACUGGAAGAAUAUCAAAUGGAUAAGGGAGAAAUUUCACGUGCUGAUUUAAUUACCGAAAAGUUCCAACAGGAAAUGCUAGUAUCAUCCAGUGAUAGAUUAAUGUUAAAUGUGUUUGGAAAAUAUACGGAUGAAAUUGCAAAAAAAUAUGGUUCCACAGAAGAGAAAGUUCCAGAAAUUGAGGUAGAAUCUUGGAACGCUGUGAAAAAGAGAAGAAAAAUUUAUAAUAAAGAAACUGCAGAAAAAUCCAAAUGUAGAAAAAUUAUUUAUAAAGGUGAAAAGUCUACAUAAAUUAUCAAUUAUUAUUAUUGUAUAUUUUUAAUUAUUUUAAAUGGAUAUAUUUAAUAAAAAUUUCAUUAUUGUUGUUUUUUACCGAUAAAAA